UCUAAUCCUGUAGAUUACCACUGCACAAGGCUGCUGGCUGUGAGUCCGUCGUUGCGCUGUGCUGGUUCUUUACAUUGAUCAUUUAUUUUUUUUUGUAGCCACCACGUCGUUGAAUUAAGUUGACUGAGAUGGAUGCAAGCUGUUGAGGAGAGGUCAACGUGACGUGGAUUUGCCGAUUUUACAUAGCUGCUGGUGGGGCAAAAACCUUAAAAGCAUCAUAUGUGACCACAUAGAGUAGGAAUGCAUUCUGAGGUUGAUUUUUUGAAGCGCGAGAUGAAUUUUUGAAUAUUUCAUGGAGACAUUAUUUUGUUUUAAGGAAGAAUAGGUGCCGGUGAGAACAGCGACCCAUUCACCUCAGUGGAUCAUCGGCUGAGCAAAGACGAUCCUUGUUUCUUGGGACUAAUGCAGUUGUCUCCAUCGCUCAGUGAAAUGGAGACAGAGCCAUGUUGCGAAGAACAGAGGGACGGUGCACUGGAUCCCACAGAGCCCGAGGAAGCAGAAGGCAUUUCUGAACUUGCAGAGAGCAACUCUGUGAACGAGUCGCCUUGUGGUCCGGCAAAGGAAGACCUAGAACUCUGUGGGGAAGACCCGGCUGAAACCGAGAGCCAAGCGGUGGAGAGUAGAGGCACUGACAAAAAAAGCUUACCCGACUGCAGGCAAGAGGGAGAGAAAGGAGAAUGCAAGGUAGAGAAGAAACUGAAGAAAACAAAUAGCUGGAAGAUGGUCCGAUUUCAAGACCCCUCACUAGAAGAGGACGUGGUGGAGAGGGAUAGCUCAGCAGAGAUUCUCUUUCCAGAAUACGCAGUGGAAGAAUGGACAUCUACCCCGUUUGAGGAGCUGUUCAUGGCAGAGGAUUGGGAGAACAUCACAGAGGAUCGGCUGUUGAGGAAGAAAGUUCUGCAAUCAGGAGACAUACACGUCCCGCACGCCACGUGGGAUCAGGAGGUCACUGUGAAGAUGCAGGGCGUUGUUGAGGACCGCACUGUGGUGGAGAAGGACUGCAAGCUUGUCUUUGUUAUCGGAGAGGGGGAUGUAAUACAGGCUCUAGAGGAGUGUGUCAUGUCCAUGCAGAAGGGGGAGAUCGCAUUACUGCUGACAGAUUCCCAGUAUGCCUACGGACUUCUGGGAAGAGAGCCUGACAUCCCUGCGUGGGCUCCAUUACUCUACCAAUUGCAGCUUCUGGACAUCAGAGACAAACCAGACCCGUUGACGCUGCCCAUCGCUGACCGCAUCCGCAUCGGCAACCAGAAGAGAGAGCGGGGAAACGUUCACUUCCAGAGAGAGGAGUACGGCCUGGCUGCCAGAGCUUAUUGCGUGGCUCUGGAGGUGCUGACCACACGCAGCAAAGACGGCAACGAUGUCGGCAUGAAGGAGGAGGAGGAAGAGGUGCGGGAAUACCGGGUGAAGUGUCUGAACAACCUGGCCGCUGCUCAGCUCAAGCUGGAGCAGUUCGACGAGGCGCUGCACACCAGCCGGGACGUCCUGACCCUCCAGCCGGACAACGUCAAGGCCCUUUUCAGGGCCGGAAAGCUGCUGUCAGAUAAGGGCGUAUACGAUGAGGCCAUGGAGGUGCUAAAACAGGCCUUGAAACUGGAGCCGACCACCAAGGCAAUCCACGCAGAAUUAUCCAAACUUGUCAAAAGGCAAUCAGGAGGCAAAGAUAUGCAGCAGUGGAGAGUCAAACCGGCAAAGGGAAUUUCCUGGAAGUUCAUCCUGGGAGCUCUGGUGGUGGCCUUGGGCAGCUUGGUGACGUCCAUGGUUUUGACUGCAAGACACUAAAAAUCCUAAGCAGGAAGGAAAAUCAACCAUAAACUGAUCGUCUCCAGUUGUCUUCCUGUGGGUCUUGGCUGUAAAAGAAGCACAGCAGCUUGGGAGCCUGGACCUUUGCUUCUGAGAGUUUUUACUGGAAAGUGAAUUUUAGAGCAGAGUGAAACUUUGCAUCAGUAGAGAUUUCUGUUUAUUGAUACAACUUUCUAAAGUUAUUUGCAGUCAGUUUUAUUCGGGGGAAGGGAUUGCCUUUAUUUCUGCUAACAAAGAUGUUUAAAAAAAAGAUGUUACAAAGAUAACAACACAAAAAAAUACAUUUGAUCAGUGCUCCACAUGUUAAAAUAACUGAGUAAUAAAAUAUUAGAAGACACGUUUUACUGUGUAAAAAAAUAAUUCCCAAAAGGAAUACAUCACUGUUAGCAUUACGGUUAUGAUCCCAAAGGGAAAUUAAGACAAAAAUAAUUAAACAAACAUUUAAAAAGUCUGCUAAGAUUAUUAAAUAUACUUAAGUUGAAUCCUCAUUUUGUCAUCAGUAAAGCUUAUCCAUGUCCAAAUAAAUAUAAAAGUUAAAAUACUUUUGAGCAUAAUAAUAAUGAUGUGAAUUUGUACAUGUGCAGUUUUACUACAAAAAAACCUUCAUUUUGACCAAAGAGUGACCCUUCAUGAAACUAUGUUUACAGUUCAGAAGUGAAAUAGAAUAAAGUACUAAAACAAAAGCAACAA